UCACGGCAACCUAGUUAAUUAAUUACAAAAUAGAAAUUACAUAUUUUCUAUUUAUAGCGAAAUGACAACUUUUAGAGCAGUCGGUUCAACAGUUAAAUAGUUACGUUUACGUUAAUAUUUUUCUAAUAUUUUGCGUCUUUUAAUAGGUUUAUUGCGGUUGACAUGUUGCCAAAUAACAUGUUUAACAACCGAAAUUUUAUGUGUCACGUUCUUCCCGAACAGAUUUAUACGCAUUUCGCAUUAUGGGCUGAAGUAUAAGUCGAUUCACUUCCCUUCAUCGAUGUUGCAAGCACAUUACUGUCAAGGACUGGCUGACCACUGAUAUACUGUAGAGAACAUUGUAGAGAGAAACAUGGACCAGAUCAUUGAUAUAGACGAUGUCGAGACUGGGAUGCGUUCUUCCAAGAGUUCAGGGAUACCCUUUGGUUGUAUCAGCUCGAACUCGAUAUGUUACGUCAUGAUUACAAUUGCAACUCUGGCCUUCCUUGGCACCAUCGUCUUCAUCUGUAGGGACUACAUAAAGCUGCUGCUCUAUUGGAUCGAGCAUCAGAAUGCCUGGAUCAUCGCCGUGAUCUUCAUAGGUCUGUUCACGGUGGUGUCGUUCCCGAUUGUGAUUGGCUAUCUGUUCCUCAUUGUCGCCAGUGGCUACCUGUUCGGUGUGAUACGCGGCAUGGCGAUUGUCAUACUCUCCGCUAAUCUUGGCAUAGCGAUUGCCCAUGUCACCCUGGGCCUACUGUCCACCAGGCUACCGAUUGGUGCCCUCCUGCAGAGCGAUACUGCGAGAGCGAUACUUCGCGUGAUAUCUGGAUCUCAGGCUUUCAAGAUCGUCCUGUUCGCGCGGCUUACUCCGAUCCCGUUCGGUCUUCAGAACACUAUUUUUGCAGUCAGUAACAUAGGUGGUUUUCAUUACCACAUAGCCAGCGCAAUAGGUUUAUUGCCUGCUCAACUGGUCAACGUUUACCUAGGCAGCAGUCUGAGGUCGAUGCAGGAUGUAUUGGAGGAUAGAUCCACAGCGGCGACUGGCUACAUAGUAUUUUGCUUCCAGAUAUUAGUAGGAGUCUCGCUGAUGGUUUAUAUUGUACAGAAAGCGCGAAAGGAGCUACAGUUGACAUUGUUCGAGGCUGAUCUCGCGUCCAUGGCGAAUUCCCCUCAUUACAUUCUGGACGGUUUACCAGACUCCAAGAUAAUUUUAACGAAUCUAAUUGCGUAAUUUUUUUUUUUUUUUAAUGAAUGUUAAAAGCAUUUUUGACAAUUCUUUCAUUACGAGCAACAGCUCCGACUUCUUUCUCCGUAGUUAUUAUAUUUCUAACUUAUUAUUCUGUGUAUCUUCCAGAAGUAAUUUCAUUAAGACUUAUUGAUGGUGCUUUCGAAAAUUUACUCUUGAAUGAGACGUUAUGCAGGAAUCUGUUAUCAGAGAUAAUAUGUAUUAAGUCUUACCAAAGCUAACGUGAUUUUAGUACCAAACAAAGCUCAUAGAGCAUGCGACGCGUGCAUGUAUAUUUUGUCUAAACAAAUGGAUGGAACGAGGAGUUGACACGGAACUGCAAAUCCAAUGUAUAAAGCUUCCUUGCAAUAAGAGCAUAUUAAUUUAUAUAUUGCUCAUAUAUAUAUAUAUAUAUAUGUACAUCUAAGAUUAAUGAUAGAGACUGAAACUUUACAUUUAUACACUUUUUGCAAUGUUAUUGAUCAAUUAUUGAGGUGCGUUUGAGGAGACACUAUUAUCGCUGUUUGUACCAUUUUAACUUUAUCGUUCCUCAGACAACAAAGCGUGUCUCAGUAAAAUCAUACAAAUUUAAAAUUGCUUAUGAUGCUAGAAACUUGCUGUAUAUUUAUCUUAACGAUUUCGAAUAUACCAACAUUGUACCAACACAGGUAACAAUGUAUAUAUGUAUUGCGAUCAAUUAAUGGCAAAAUAGCAGCAUCAAAGUUACCUUGCGUUGUCGGCAAUAUGAUAGCAUUGUGUGAGCCUAUAGAUUAUGGCAAUAGCACGAACUUUGAUAAUGAAGACUUUAAAAUUGUCAUCCCAGUAAACGAGAAUGGAUUAAAAUGGAUUGAAAUUUUGUCUAUCCGAAUGCGUAUUUUAA